GACUUCAGCCUCACUCUGAGAAAACCACAAAUAUCAGACAGUGGCAACUACACCUGCACCAUCUGGACGGGAUUCAAAGAGCUGAGAUUAACAGAAAUACAGCUGCAGGUCAAAGACUGCAUAAAAAAAGGACAGAGAAUCCCAGAAAUCGACAUCAUGCUUGAAUGACCACCCACAAAGUCUGAUUUCUCUGUACAUCUUACCUUGCUUUGAAAGAACAUGGAAAUCCAGGACCAAAGAUAAAUUACAACAGAUGAAAAGGUAACACUGAUUUUUUUUUUUUUUUUGUAAUAAUUUUUUUUAGCAUUUAAUAAUUUUUAAUAAAAAUGCUGCACAUUUGUCUUUCUCUCAGUCACGUUGUUGUUUGUCAGUGACUGAAACUUAACGCUGUGCUGCUUGUUUUCACUUUCCAGUAGCUGUCUUUAUUUUGCCAACAGUUGAGUGUGGUGACAUUAAAACUGGCUGUGAGCUGAUGUUCUCCCUAUGUUACAAACAUACAAAUAAAGUCAGUUAGAAGAGUUCUGAUGAGCUUGAUGGAGCCCGUCAAUGAAGAUGGAUGUGUUUGUGGUGUUUCUGAUUCUUGUACACGCUUCCCAGCAUGCACUGGCUGUUGUGGUGCAGGCGUAUGAGGGGGAGCCAUCCACCCUGCUGCCCUAUCAGUUUUAUGACCAUUUUCCUAUGAUGCCUGAAGACCCCAUAGUAUCUUGGACUCGCAAUGAUCUCAAUCCCAAAAUCAUCCAUCAGUUUAAUGAUGAUGGUGAUGAUCUUAAAAAGCAGAAUGAACAUUACAAAGGACGCACAUUGAUGAAAACUAAUGCUCUCGACUGUGGAGACUUCAGCCUCACUCUGAAAAAACCACAAAUAUCAGACAGUGGCAACUACACCUGCACCAUCUGGACGGGAUAUGAAGAGCUGAGAUUAACAGAAAUACAGCUGCAGGUCAAAGAUGAUCAGGUGGUGGUGAAGGCACAGGAGGGGGUGAAGUCUGUCAGGCUGCCCUGUAAAACAUCACUUCAUCUGCCUGAAGACACCAGAGUGGAGUGGACUCUCCUUGACCCUGUAAAGAUGUUGGUCCAAGUGGUCCGUGUGUAUCAGAAUAAGAGUAAUGACCUUAGAACACACACCUCAUGGGCUCACACAGAGAUGGCUAAAGACCUGCUGACAACUGGAGACCUCAGUCUGACCAUUAAAUAUCCCACAGACAGAGACAGAGGAACAUACAUCUGCACCUUCUAUGUGAAAGGAGACACCAUGAAACAGAGAGUAGAGCUACAUCAUGUCAUAGAGAAUGUUCCAUCCUGGAUCGUAGCUCUCCUUACUGUCAUUUCUGCUGUACUUAUCAUCACCGGAUUUUUACUAUUUUAUUUUCGAGUAAAAUCAGAUGUAAAAAGAGUAGAGGUUGAAUCAGGGGUGGAAUCUGUCCAGCUGCCCUGUAAAUCAACCACAGCCUACCUAAUGACGGACAUCAGAGUGGAGUGGACCGACAGUGACAACGACAUAGUUUACCUGUAUGAAAAAGGCUCUAAAGCCUCUAGUCAAGAGCACCAGGCUUACAGAAGCAGAACAGAGAUGGAAAGAAAUCAGGAGAAAACCAAAGAUUUCAGUCUGACCCUGAAAUACCCCACAGAUAAAGACAACUACACCUACACCUGCACCAUCUACAGCAAUGAUAAUAAAAUCCUGCAGAAGAAACGAGUGGAGCUGAAGGUCAAAGGUUGUCAGGUGGAGGUGGAGGAGGGGAAGGAGUUUGUGGUGCUGCCCUUCAUAACCACACCUGAAUCGCUUGAUGGCGUCGAAGUGAGAUGGUUUUACUACGAAGAUGACGAAUGCAAGGAGCUCCUUGUUUAUCCAAAGGGUUCUGUUGAACACCAUGAUGAUUACAGAAACAGAACAGAGAUGAAUGAAAACCCACUGGGAUCUGGAAACCUCAGUCUGACCCUGAGCGACCCCAAAGACACGGACAGCGGAAAAUACAGAUGUUAUGUUAAGAAAAAUAAUAACAUCAUCACAAUGAAAACGGUGCUCCUAAAAGUCAAAGACAGAGCUCAGCAUAAAGAAGAAAGGACACUUCCUCUGAUGACCACUCAUGAAGUCUGAUUGCUCUGUACAUCUUACCUUGCUUUGAAAGGACAUGGAAAUCCAGGACCAAAGAUAAAAAAAAUUACUACAGAUAAGAAGGCAAUUCAUCUGCAACGCUGAAAUUUAUUUUUGUUAUAAUUUUUUUAUCAAUUUAUAAUUUUUAAUAAAAAUGCUGCACAUUGAACUGGAAGAAAUAUGGAGAACCUCCGUUCCAGGAAUGGAUGACGGCAGUUGGAAAAGUAGCAGCAUUUGAAAGAAUGUCAAAUAGGAUGCAGGACAAGAUGGAAACAUAUAAUUUGAAAUGGAAUAAAUACAUGGAAUCUUUAUAUCUCAAAGACUAAAGGCUAAGAAGAUUCACCCUGAAAAGACAAUGAUCACAUACCUUAUGCAUGUGUGUAUAUUAUAAAUAGACACCUCUGUGUAGAUAUUUAUGCUGUAUGUAUAUAUUAUAUACAUGGAUACUUGAAGUUGAUAUGUGUGAAAUGAAAGUCACAAUAUCAAUAUGAAGACCCUUUCUGGUUACGGGUGGGUAAUUUACCGAUGCUCUAAUGUUAGUAUUUGAAUGUGUGAUGUGAUUGUUUGGAUAAAGUUAAGAUAAAAAUGCAAGUCAUAAAAAAACAUGCUGCACAUUUGUCUUUCUCUCAGUCACAUCAUUAUUCGUCAGUGAGUGAAACUUAACGCUGUGCCGCUUGUUAUCACUUUCCAGCAGCUGUUUGAUUUUGCUAACAGUUGAUAGGCUGUGGGGAAAUUAAAACUGGCUGUGAGCCAGUGUUCUCCCUAUGUUACAAACAUAUAAACAAAGUCAGUUAGACGUGUGUUACAGAGUUCUGAUGGAGCUUGAUGGAGUCCAUUAAUGAAGAUGGAGUGUUUGUGGUGUUUCUGAUUCUUGUACACGGUGAGAUGAUCCUCCUGAUCAGACAUGUGUUAAUCUUCAUUUAUCUCUUUGACUUUAAUAUGACAUUUAAAGAAAGUAAAGAAUAUGCAUCAAGGCGUAAUAUUAAAGACAAAAAACAAAUGUGGGAGAAUUUUUUAUCUGAAGCAGAAAACUGGUGUCAUUUUAUUUCGAUUAUGUUGAAAAUCUGUAAAAUUUGAGCCUCAGUUUGUGUUGGAGUAUGUUUGGUGAUGGCAUCUGGUCAGAUGUUUACUCUUCAUUUGUCUGUUUAACUGCUUUAAUGUAACCUUAAACUGAAGUAAAGCAUAUGCAUCUGGACAACAACUUUCAAUGAAAAAACAAACAAACAGUAAACUAUGGGAUCAGGUUCAA